AUGGAUCAGGAUUCGAGAUCGUCCGAGCCGCGAGAACGUGCCGUCUCCUCCGAGCCUUGCUCAACUCGACCUAAUCCUUUUGACGACGGUGAUCUCUCCGCCCGAAAACGCCGUAGGACAUCUCUUUCCGGCUCCCGGAGUGCGUCUGUCGACACUCUACUAUCCGGAGACGACGCUGCCGCAUCUUCUGAAUCUAACAUCAUGAAGAUCGACACCCCCGAGCCACUCCCCCCGAGCACUCCAGCUCGUUCAGAACCUGUUGCAGAACCUACUACCGAACCCGUGUCGAGCAAGGUCACCAUCAACCUUAGGAAUGCUGAUAGCCUUGAAGAUACCCCUUCUUCCCCUUCUUCCCCCACACCUUCAGGUUUUCGCAAGAACCCUAUAAAAGUCAGCGUAGAAGAGUCCGAAGUGUACAUGACGCAAGCUACCCCGAUCGAGGAUGCAUCGUCAUCAGAGUCCGAUCUUGACAGUUCUGAAAUACCUGCCGUAUCCCAGGUAGACGACGUUAUAUUCUGUGGUGCAACGCCUCUGCUGGCAGAUGAAAGAGCGACACUUUUCAGUGCUGUUUUGUUAGACUUCCCGUAUCACAGCGAAGGGGAACAGCAUCACGAAACAGUCGCCCGUCUUAACGAGUUCUUCCGCCAACAACCUUCACACGCCGAUGAGCCCUUGCAUCUUCUGCAUGGAUGGCUAUGCCGAUACGUAAUGCACGCGACGAUCGAAUAUUACCCUAUAGUCAUGGAGGCACAUCGGGAGAACAAGCUAUUCUGGCAGGCUCUUCCUGACCUCUUCCUUACCGUGGCUAAUCGAUACGGCUAUUCGAAGACAGGCCCGACCCGAGAGGUUGUUGGCGUGAUGUUUGUGCAAUUAGCCAAGAUUACCGGAUUUCUUCUCGCAAUUGACUGCCAAACGCUAAUGCAGGCUGCUAACAAGGGCAGCGGCGACUUUGAUUUGAUAUCACCGGGUUUCCUACGACUAUUUAGUAGCAUACCGAACAAGGAGGAAAGUCAGGCUGCUAGUGGCCUUAACUUAGCGAGUAAUCCGAAAUUUUCCGAGGCUCUUGACGAGCUUCAAGCGAGCAGCGAUGGAUUUCAGGCUCAGCUGGGUCGCUUUACUGAUUUACUGAUGAACAACCUCCUCCAGUCCCCGAAGAGAGUAAUGGAUAGCCUUGUCGGCCUUAGUUGGCUUGUGGAUGCCCUUAUGCGUGACAGCUUCAAGAAGCAGUCACUGCCCGGAUCUUAUUCCCCAGACUGUUUAGAUCGCGCGAGAAAGAAUAUGAUCUAUGGCCUCGAAUAUUUCAUGGCUAUUUCGGCUGCUAUAGACACAGUAAUCGAAAAAUCUACGAACAACCUAGGCUCCGAUACCGCAUUGAACCUAAUUAAUUCUUUAACGAGCAUAUUCAAGCACGGCCUUCUCGGAAAUAAUAACGAGGCUAUUCGCCUUGUUCAAGAUCAUCAGCAGCAGCACCCAGAACUUGAAGACCGAUUCACGCACGAGGCGAUGCCACUCGAAUGGCGGAUGAACAUAUUCUGUAAGAUGGUUAGAUCUCGCCAGAUGCAACUGAGGGUUUCAGCGGCGACUUCUUUGUGUGAGGAUCUAGUUAUGCAAUGGAGAUCUUUUGCAGAUCAUCACGAAGUAACAGAUGAUAAUCCCCAUUUGAUAUAUCUUCGAUACCUGUCUGGUUACCUCCUCGGAACCGGGAUCGUCGACUACCUGCUUGGGCCAACAUGCCACCCGGAAAUUACCCAAGCCAGCUUUAACAUUGUUGGAUUUUUAGCUGUAACAAAGACGUACACAACCUCGCAAACGGACCUCCUCUGGCAGACCCUGGUAUCCGCCCAGGACCCCCGCAUCUCUGAUGCUAUAGUCCGCAUGAUGUCCAAGGUCGUCAGUCUCCUUCAGUUGGAUUGUCUCUUCUAUAUGUGUGAGAAGUUUUGCGACCUACCGAUAGAUUCUUUUUCUUCCUGCAUGAGGGAUCUUUUCGAGCACGUUACCAAGCAAGUUCAGGAGAAGGCUAAUUACAUGUUUAUCCCUCUUCCUCCGUAUAGAACGUGCCUCCGACUACUGCGAGAGUCUUCCGUCUAUGGGUCACAAGGCUCCGUGGCGUAUCCAGAGAUUCACCAGUUUGCUGCUGCAAGAUUCAGCGCUCUUCUACAUGGGGGCCCAGACAAUGUGGGGCGUCAGAUUAUAUGGAUGGACUGCGUGAACGAUAUUGCAGCCAAGUCUCCAACGACUUCUGGGAGCCUGCACGCGCUUAGCACACUAAUGGGUACCAUUCCUCAACUACAAACAAUAAUAACGGAGAACAACCUAACACAGCUUCUUAUCGACGAAUUAGAAUCUACGAUUGCUGAUGCAAAGGCUGUUGGGUUCACCCCUGUCUACGCAAAUCCUAUUGGCAGCGCUCGUCGAAGAAUUCUCUCCGUUAUCAUUGCGAACCACGGUUCUACUAUUGGCUCGGAGCUCGGCCAGCGUCUCUGGGAUCUUCUAGUAGGGAGUGGUGCGGCAUGCCAAGAUGAUAGAAAGGCUGCUUGGGACGACUUGAAUAUGGCACUUAAGAGAACACGAUUGGACAAUCCUUUUCUUAAUGCCUGUUUGCGAGAAUAUCUACCGACGUUGCCGCCUUCCUGUUAUUGUGGAGGCGCAUUGGCAUUCGUUCGGGAGGCGAUCAUUCCCCUUGCAAACGAUAUUAAUGGUAUGAUUCUUGACGACGAAGACAGCAUUAAGUCCUCUGGACUUGAAUUGCUUUGGCAUAUGAUAUUGUCGGCACCACCCUACACCAUCGAGGAUACAGCAAUCUCAACACUUGUCCACGAUAUAUAUGUUGACAGCAAGUCGAUAAUCUCGUAUCCUCUACAUCGUGCACGAAAGGUUCAUUUUACCCUUGUUCAGCGUUGCUUGGGGCAACUAAAAUUCGCGGCCCAGAAAUUGAAAGGAUUUGAUGAUGGCACGCCGGCUGGCGACAACCUUUCGGCGAUGAUCGUUAUUAAGGAUGAACAACGCCAAGAGCAAGAAUUACAAUUCAUAAGAUCGUUACAAGUCUUGAUAACACUCUUGAAGGCGUUGCAGAGCAGACCUCAUUUCGCAGCGCCAGACUUGCGAUCGCUAAUGCUGCAAGCCCCUAGCCCCGUCGACGGUGACCUUGCCGAUUUGAAAUAUCAAUCUUUCGACGGCGACGAUCAGACAGAAGUGAGAACGCUAGAUAUUGGGCUCAAGAAUACAGCCGCUUCGCUUCUUGCUAGUCUGCGUGAAGCUACUGGCUUCGACAACUACCGACUAUAUUAUCGCGGACAACCACUCGCGCCGUCGGAGGGUGCUAUAUGCAAAUCUAUCGAGGACCUUGAUAUUAGAAACGGCCUAAUUCUCGUGAAAAGGGAGAUAGGAGUUGCGACUUCCCCCAAGCGCAUUAAACCGGGAGCUUCACCACUUGAUAUCGAGAUUCUAAGUCAUUUUAAAGACUUAUGGGAGUAUCUAAGUAUGAAGGAGGAGCUAGCACGAGAGAUCUACCUCUUCCUUGGAUCACUACCGGCUGAUGAUUCAAUCCUGACGGCGUUCGAGAAUCCUGCAACGUCUUACCGAGAUGUAUUCCCACUUGGACAGCCUUUCAAGUCGUUAUAUGCUCUACAUGCUCUUCGCGAAUACCUCAGUACCAGACGGCUCAAGAGUAAUGUGAUGCAAUUGUCUUUACAGGAUGGCGAGGUCCAGGCUGAGGGCGAAAAUGACCAGCAGGAGGCUUUAGCCAAAGCAAUGUCGUUAAUUAUUGCAGCGAUCUGUGACUCUGAGGUUGUCGAGCGAGGUGCGAGCGAGUCUUUGCAACUCAGACUGAGCCUUGAACUUAUAGAUAAUUUUGUUCAGCUCUUGAAAGAAAUCGACGACGUUGAAGCUGUCGUGGGGCUUCUAAACUUAGACUUACAGGAGCGACUGUCAACGAUACUAAAAGGUGCCGCCGCCGCCCAGACAAACCAGAUCAGCAUUGAGUUGAUCAAUCGAUCAUUUGAGGCCUUACUUGAGUCAUGCGCGAAAAGUGAUGCAUUCUGGAAGGGAUUUCGAGAUCAGACAGGGGUGCAGAAAGUGGUGCAGAGCCUCCUACUCGAUGAUGCACGCCCAAUCGUGAGGAACAACAUUGCGAGGCUGAUUACCCUCAAGUGUCUCCAGGACCGUGAUGUGUCUGGCGCACAAGCGCUCGAUUUCGCCGAAUUAUUCUGGCCCAUCGUAUUCCAACUCGUUCCUCGAGCCGUUAAGGAACCGAGUAAAUGCGAAGAGACGUUUAAUCUUUCCUUCCAGUUGGUACAGAAGCUUAUUGACAGCAACUCUGAUGCAGUUGACUUGCCCGCUUGUCUUAGACAGUGUGGACAACUUUUACUAUCGCAUACAACGACAGUAGAUAUAGCCCACCCAGGCAAGGAUGUUAUAGCGCACGGACUCAUCACAAUUCUAAGCAUUGGUAUCACGGAAGCAUCAUCGAAGGAGCGGGUUCAAUUCGGUCCAAAUUUCGUGCCAAGAUUGUUCUCGAAACAUCUCUUCCCGCCGGAGGACGAGGACGGGCCAUUGGUGCCAAAGGUGAUCCUACAUACUCCUUCUCGAUCUAUGCUCUAUGAUAUCAUACUCGCAUUGGCUAGGGACGACAUGACACUAUCUACCCGCUUACUACACGAACUAGACAAACUCACAGAUCUCCGGAUUGAGGACGGGAUCGACGAGUACAAGUAUGACCUCCCGCAGCUUUUUGAAAGGUCCAACGCCAUUAGAUCGUCUUGUGGAUACUCUGGACUACGGAAUCUCUCAAAUACCUGUUACUUGAACUCGUUGUUUACACAGCUCUUCAUGAACAUCGGAUUUCGCCGGUUCAUGCUUGAGAGGCGGGUUAGGAACCCCAUGGCCCAUCCAUUACUUCACGAGACUCAGGUUCUCUUCGCGUUCUUGCAGGAUAGCCGACGGCGUUAUGUAGAACCACAGGCUUGUGUUGGGCAAAUCAUGACGUACGACGAGGCCCCCAUUGACAUCCAUAACCAAAUGGACGUGGAUGAAUUCUAUAGUCUCCUCUUCGAUCGAUGGGAAGCUCAGUUCUCCUCGGAGACUGACAAGAAGAAACUCAGAUCGAUGUACGGGGGUGAAUUGGUCCAACAGGUUAAAUCUAAGGAGUGUCAACAUAUCUCCGAGCGUAUUGAACCCUUCUCUGCUAUACAGUGUGAUAUAAAAGGGAAAGCAGGUCUCGAAGAAAGCCUCCAGGCCUAUGUAGACGGAGAGAUCAUGGAAGGAGACAACAAGUAUAAGUGCUCUGAUUGCGACCGACACGUGGAUGCAGUCAAGAGGGCAUGUCUCAAAGACAUUCCGGAUAACUUGAUUUUCCACUUAAAGAGAUUCGAUUUUAACCUUAGGACUCUAAUGCGCAGCAAAAUCAAUGACUUUUUCCCAUUCCCAACCAAGAUAGACAUGCAGCCCUAUACCAUCGAGCACAUCAGUGAUCCCUCGCGCAACGCGGAGCCGGAUAUAUUUGAGCUAGUGGGAAUUCUUGUACACUCUGGGACGGCGGAAUCCGGCCAUUACUAUUCGUACGUCAGGGAGCGCCCGACAACAUGCAGCACACCGCCCUGGGUUGAAUUCAACGAUGAAAUCGUGACAUCAUGGGAUCCCUCUCAAAUGGAAAAUGCAUGUUUUGGAGGGGCAGAUUAUCGAUCUCAAUUUGAAGGCGGGACUACCUACGAGAAGGUAUACAGCGCUUAUAUGCUAUUCUAUCAGCGGUCAUCCUCUUUACAGAAGGAACAAGAAGAGUUACUAAAAAUACCAGGCCAGACUGGCCCCUUCAGAGCUAGCCUUCCCAGAGCUCUUGAGGCCCAGAUCAAGGAAGACAAUUGGUCGAUUGUGCAACGCCACUGUCUGUAUGAUCCAUCCCACAUGCCAUUCGCUUACGAGGUCCUCAACAAUACGUGGGGACAAAAAUGCUCAAAGGACCAUAAGAAGGAAAAUUUAGCAAUGCAAACGGCACUUGGACAUUUGGAUCAAAUUGCGUCGCGAGCCAAGGACCUCCCGGAUUUCGACCGAUUGAAGACCCUCAUAAUAAAGGUCUGUCAUCGAUGUUCCAUGUGCUGUUUCUCGUUCUUCGACUACUUCAGACGUCAUAAAGACACCUUGCGCAUGCUCCUACAAAAGAACUCGGAUGCCGGGGUGCGUCAAGACAUAGGGAGAAUGCUCAUAUAUGUUCUACGCGUUAUUAAAAAAGAGUACCCGGAAGAAUACGGCCCAUCGGACAUCGAGGAUGAUGCGAUAUCCCGUGCAAUAGGACGAAGCUACAGCGUAAUGGAUUCGACCCUGGAUCUGUUCCAAAACAUUUGGGAAACUUUCCACUCGCGCAUCAACUCCUGGUCCGAAUGUUUUGGAACAAUGUAUGACUUUGCCCACUUGGGACGCGAUGAAGUAUUAAUGUGCCUGGAAAGAGAUUACCUAUUCAAGCUCCUCUCGGUCAUCGCAGUUGACCAGAUCUUUGACCUGCCGGCACAAUACGCUAGACUUCUCAAUGCGGUGUCGAGAAGAACGGCGAGGCCGCCUAACUACGAAAGCAUUAUUGCUCUGGUUGAUGAACUCUUAUCGGUUAUCGACCCUAAUAUGGAUCGCAAUUUCGUCGACGAAGCCCAGAGUCGAACUUCACUAGUUCUUCAAGGCGAACCUGUUCCUUUGACAUUUCAGGAGGGCAACUUUCUAUUUAGAGAUUGGGCAAAGAACCAAGCCAACAUUUUUAUGGAAAAGCUUAUUUCCCUUCAACAGAAUUUUCAAGCCACAGAUUCCAUCAUCAUACGCCUCAUAGGAUCCAGCAGGUCACUAGACCAAAAGGCAUACAAUACUCUAAAAAUAUGCAUUACUGGAGACCUAACGUCUCAUAUGGUAAUGCCCUUCCUGCGCGUUGCUGCGGUAUAUUGCCGAUACAGCACCAACACCAGAAAUGUCCAACUCCUGAUGGAGCAUAUUUCCAAUCAAUGCAAAAACUUGCAAAAUGCCGAAGGUCGAUACUUUCUUGACUUCCAGCGGGAAACCUUCGAUGGGCCGCGAAACACUGGCGAGUCGAUUGAGAUGAUUCAUGUGCAUAGUUUAUCCCUUAUCCCCAAGUGGGCUCCAGGGUUGCUGGGAUAUAUCGACCACGCAGUCAGCGAUGAUGUGGGCUUCUUCCUGCAAGAUAAGCUAUUCAAGUAUGGGCCCUCUCCUGCUUUCGGGGAAAGUGAUGGUGGGCUUCAAAGAUCUCGAAUGAUGAAUCAAACAGUCAAGCGCCUAGCAAUCUCCUGCCUGGAGUACCUAAAAGAUACAUAUGUUACCCGCUCAGCACAGGCCGCUAGAUACACAGUCGUCCCCUUGGAUCAAGUGAUAAAGAAGUGCGACGUGUAUUUCGAAUUUGAUGAGGACGUGGGUGAUGGUGGCCUCGAAAAACGCUACGCAGAUCUUCGCCAAAAUGUAAUGGAACCAAUGGCAAGGCUUACAGUCGACGAAAUUGAAGAGGAUGGUUCCGAUUGGGAGCAGUCGGUCGGCUCUUCGGAACAGCUGGAUAACUUGACAGAUCUCAGCAUGCAAAUCGACCGUGAUUUAGCAUAA